UAAAGAGAGACCUAAGACGAUAACAUGGCAUGGUAGUAACACAACAACAUGUUAGCAGCACAAAACAUGGUACAAACAUUAUUGGGUACAGACUACAGCACAAGGGGCUGAAGGUAGAGGCAACAAUACAUCGCGCAAAUCAGCCACAACUUUCAGCUGAGAAUCCGUCUCUGCAAGCAGAGGUCAGGGAGGCCCUCACUCUGGUGGGUUAUAACAACCCUGUUAAAGGCCGAGGCAUCGGGGUUCGAUGGAGGGCGAAUCAGGUGCCAUCCCGGGCUUCAUGCUGGGUGUGUUCCAGAUCCCUCUAAAUGAUUGUGAGGAGCUCUACAGGAGCUGGGUUCUGACGCCUUCAAGCAGAACGUCAUCGUUGGCACCAUCAAGAUGGGCUGGAGCCAUUUCUUCUGCGACUCGCAGACCUUGGAGCAAAUCCUCAAAGAGAAAAUGGGCUCUGAUGGUGGAAACAUCAAGAAACUCCAAAUGCCCAAAGUUAAGCUUUGUCACAUGGCAUGACUCAUUACACUGUCUGGAGUGUGGCGCUGAUGAUCACACACACACACACCCUCUCAUGGAUGACAAGGUGGACAGUGAGGAAGGAAGGCCCUCACGAUCCCUUAAAAAGGUGGCAUUAUUGAGCACUCCUCUGAAGGCCUAUGUGUUCAGGGAAUAUAACCUCCAGCCAACCGAGCCAGGGGUGCACUCCCACUACCUCGGGGCUAUGAACACAAAAUGUGGCAGGCAGUCAGAGCCUCUUCCGCUGCCAUGGGACACGACCUCCAUCAGGACCUGAGCCCUAGGACCAUGCCCCAGGACUACCUGACAUGAUGACUCCUUGCUGUCCCCAGUCCACCUGGCCGUGCUGCUGCUCCAGUUUCAACUGUUCUGCCUUAUUAUUAUUCAACCAUGCUGGUCAUUUAUGAACAUUUGAACAUCUUGGCCAUGUUCUGUUAUAAUCUCCACCCGGCACAGCCAGAAGAGGACUGGCCACCCCACAUAGCCUGGUUCCUCUCUAGGUUUCUUCCUAGGUUUUGGCCUUUCUUUUUCCUAACCACCGUGCUUCUACACCUGCAUUGCUUGCUGUUUGGGGUUUUAGGCUGGGUUUCUGUACAGCACUUUGAGAUAUCAGCUGAUGUACGAAGGGCUAUAUAAAUAAAUUUGAUUUGAUUUGAUUUGAAACCCAGUCUUCGGACCACACACCCACUCCACUCCACUGAAUAGCAGGCUAGUGAUUGCUCUGCAAUGCUUGCAGUUAGCCACUGAUUCCUUCCAAACCACUCAUUGUUGAAUUUGCAAUUUCCAACUUGUUGUGUGAUGUUUAUUGCCAAUGGCCGAUGAACACCAAUAUGUUUUAUCAGUAAAUUAUCUUCAUAUGACAAGAAUUAAAAAGCAUUUGCCAGUAGAUUAUCGACUUGAUUCAUGAUGAUGACUGCUAGCUAAAAAAUUUUUUUUUUUUUUUACAUGAUCAGUCCAAUCAAAGCUACUGUUGAUAUAAUGUGAUUUGACCUCAUUUUAUCUGUGGCCAAUGAAUUGAGCCUUCUUGAAUGGGCACUUCUAAUGUAACUUUAUGGCAGCACCCAAGGGGCUUGAAUUUUCGAGCUCAUAGAUUUAGCGGUGACGUAGUGUCCCCAUGAGUGACAGAACACUGAGCCAAUCACGGCGCAACUAGAGAACAUUACCAACCCCUACACUCUGUAUUUUCUGCUGGCUGCCCCACCACCACAGAAAGCACUGAGUUAAGCUCAAACACCUGCAUUUUGGAUCAAAAGAAAAGCAAGAAAGAAAAAAUAUAUAUUUCUAUUUUUUUUAAGUUAAAAUUGUGGGGCUCAAAACACACGCUCUAAAACAGCCACACAUUAUUCUUAGUAAUGCAAUGUAGUAUUGUAACAAAGUAAUGGAAUAAUGUACAUUUGUAAAAUACACAAUGCAUUGUUUGAUGUAAUGUUUUAUCUCUGUUUGGACCCCAGGAAGAGUAUAUGCUGCCUUGGUAACAGCUAAUGGGGAUCCUAAUAAAAUACUUAAUACUAAA